AUGUCGUUCAGUAUCAAAGAAUCCGGGCCGAAAAUACGUCCCGAACGUGUAAAGCCAGCGGCCAGCGCACCAGAUUCAGAACCCACAAACACGACUCCGCUCCCACCAUCAUGGUCGCAAUCACGCCGGUCCUCGAGCUCGUCGACAGCCUCGUUCCACUCGGCCCGGUUCCCACCCGACGAGGAGAGCCAGAUGGUCGCCUCGUCACACGAGCUCAAAGCCCAAGCCAACAAACAGUUCACAGGGCAGGACUACUCGUCCGCCAUUAGCACUUAUGGCCGGGCGUUGGCAGAGUUGCCCAACUAUCUCGACUAUGAAAUGGCCGUGCUGCACAGUAACAUUGCCGCAUGCCAUCUAAAGCUGGAACAGUGGAAGGAAGCGGUGGAAAGUUGUGAGAAAGGACUGGAAGGCUUGGAGAGGGAACUGCCCACGAAACCAAAGGAAAAGGCGAAAUCGAAGUCGAAGAAGGAUGCGAGCGCAAAGACAAGAGCAAGAACAAAGAGCACAUCAGACUCGGAUUCUGAUUCCGAGUCUGAGCAAGAAUCCACCUCUCGGAAUGGUGUAUCUGCUGCACAAGGGAAACCCUCGGUAUCAGAUCAAGACGACACUGUAGUGGAACUACCGUCCGACGCCGAUGAGACCGCCACGCUUGCUGCACUGGAGUCACUCAAGAUCUCCGAUGAACGCAAAGCCGACAUCCAUCGGAUCCGCACGAAACUGCUGCUCCGUCGUGCUCGGGCGCGCUCACUCCUCGAGCCGCAGAAUUGGACGAAUCUGUCCGGCGCGCUGGAGGACUACAAAACCCUCUCGGCUCCAGAGUACUUCAGCACACUGCCGGUGUCGGAUCAAAAGACCAUUCGGCAGGCGUUGGUGUCGUUGCCGGCCCGCGUCAACGAGGCCAAGGAGAAAGAAGUCAGCGAAAUGAUGGGCAAGCUAAAGGAGUUGGGGAAUGGCAUUUUGAAGCCAUUUGGCUUGAGUACGGAAAACUUCAAGGUCGUCCAGGGUGAAGGGGGCGGGUAUAGUCUCAGCUUUGAUGGUGGCGCGGGGAAGAAGUAG